AUUCCUUUGCUGCUUUUUCCACACAAAUCCAAACAGGGCAUAGGAGACAGACGCUUUGGAGAAGCCAGUGUGGAAGAGACAUAGAGGGCAAGACUGCAGGGGCUUCAGGAGGGCUGGCAGGAGGCAGUGGUUAGAUUAGGUUAGACCACAAGGUAUCAGAAGGCUCAAGAGGCUGUGGGACUGGCAGAGCUGUAGGUGGAAGAAGAGGGUAAGCUUUGGAAUUUCAGGGUCUCAUGGGAGGUCUUAGAGGCUGCAGGGUCUUGCUGGGAGGACUUAGAGGCAGUUGGUUUUAGGGGCUGGGGGAUAAUGGAGCAAAAGUCUGAUGGGUUUUAUUGUUUACACAGAUUCAUGUAAGGCCCAAGGAAUGUGAUGAAUCUAAUGUGCUGGGAGGGGCUGAUAAGGAGAUUUUUGGGGCCAAGAGAAUAGGUAGAGGGAGAGAGCUGCAGCAGGCCAGAGCUAGUGGGAGGUGGGUGGUUUUUGAGGGCAAGAAAGGAGUGAAGGGAGGGACCAGUCCAGGUGUCAGGGAGAGUGGGGGGAAAGAGGCUGAUGGUAGAAGGGUGGGGGACAAGCUAUGCGUAUAAGCAAGCUUCCAGGAGUAAGGGGCCAGUGGGUAGAGCACCAGAGCCAGGGGGAGACUGGUAAGGUCAGGCUGUAGGAGGCAAUAGGGCCUGGUGGUUACAACAAGCACAUAAAUCUGGAUGAUUCUUUCUGAAAGGCAAUGCAGCUGAGACUUGGGUCUGCCAUAUUAGAACCAGGUUCUAUUCCUUAUCUGUAAAAUGGGGAGAAUGAGACUUGCUUGUCUCACUGAGAAGAAUGUGAAGCCUUGCUCAUGAAUAAGGGUUGUGAAAUGCACAGAAAUAUAAACAGCCGAGAGUGAAAGAGGUAUGACUUCAACUCCAGGAGUCCUGGCUCCCAGCUCUGUGCACCUUCACCAGGGUAUUUUGUGGAGGAGGGUCUGUUUCCCACAAUGUUUAGGGCAGGCAACAGACUGGGUGGGCAGUGGCAGGAGACCUGCCUGGGGAAGGAUAGGCAGGCCAGAGAGUGGGUGCGGAAGGGUGAUAGCUAGCAGGCCAGGUAAGAAAACAUUCAAUUUUUCUUGCUCUGAGUUGAUGGAACAAGAGUAGAAAUCAAAUCCAGGGCUGAUCCCUGGGCAAGAAGUUUCUGGUCCUUUGAUUCUCUUUCUGUUGUAAUUGUGGAAACAGCAGGAGGGUGUUGCAGGGGCUGAGGCGGAAGCUGUUGGGGGUCCAAGCCAAUCAGUCUGUAUCCAAGCUCCCUUCCCAGUGUCUGAGUUGCCCACAUGGCUCCCAGCUACAGGCAGAGCCCUUCCUGAAGGCUUCUCUGCUUUUACAUUUUGCUUUUGGAACUGAGAUCUUCCCAGCUUCUUCUUGUUUUUCUGCUCACGUUCUGGAAGGUGUGAGAGCACAUAGUAGUGAAGGUGCUGGCCCUUUAAGAAGUCCUGCUGGCCUGAGUGUCUUGAGACAAUAGCCAUUAUCACUUUAGCUUUGGAAGUGACCCCUGAAUCUGCACUCCUUUCAUCUUGGAUACAAGAGCACUUGAGGAUGGACUAUUUCCUGGUGGGGGAGGGGAGGAGCUGAGACCCCUUCACACAAGCCAAAGCCAAUCACUCCAGAUGGUUCACUCCAGAUCUGAAACCAGUUCCAGUCUGAAUGUGGGACCCAGCUGAGAAAGUGGAGCCUGCUGCGCUUCCUGCUGCAGGAUUUAAAUGUCCAGGGAACUGCCUUGCAGAGGGAGCAAGGCAAGCAGCAGCCGCCGGGGAUUGGCUGGUGUGAGCUCUAGUGCUCUGCCCAACAAGCAAGGAUGAUCCAGCGGCACCAGCUAGUGCAGUCUGUACUGCAGGAGCUACAGGAGGCCACCGAAUGCUUUGGGCUAGAGGGACUAACAAGUGCAGCCCUGGAGGCUGAGAGGACCUUGUCCUCUUUCUCCCUACCCAGCUACUGCGGGAGGCAGUUCCAGGAAGAGUUGGAAGUUGACCGGGUGGCAAGAAGCCUGUAUCCGGAGGAUGCCCCCAGCAACAUGCUGCCUCUGGUCUGCAAGGGGGAGGGGAACCACCUGUUUGAGGCAGCCAGUGUGCUGCUAUGGGGGAACCCUAGCUUGAGUCUGGAGCUGCAGGUGCGCACAGUUGUGGAGAUGCUGCUGCACAAGCAUUACUACCUGAACGGCAUGAUUGACUCCAAGGUGAUGCUGCAGGCUGCCCGCUACUCCCUCUGCACCGAGGAAUCCCCUGAGAUGACCAGCCUGCCUCUGGCCAUCCUCGAGGCCAUUUUUGAUGCUGACAUCAAGGCCACUUGUUUCCCUGGCACCUUUGCCAACAUGUGGCAUGUCUACGCCCUGGCCUCGGUGCUGCAGUGUAACAUCUACUCCAUCUACCCCAUGAGCAACUUGAAGAUCCGGCCAUACUUCAACCGCCUCAUCCGGCCCAGGAAGUGUGGCCCGCAGACCUCCACGCUCCACAUCAUGUGGUCAGGGCAGCAGCUCUCCUCACAGGUCUUCAAAGCACAGUACUUCGUGGCUGUGGUAGGCCUGGAAGAGCUGGAACCCACAAGCCCUCCCCCAGAGCCUCCAGUCCAGCCAGUCCAGACUCUGGAACUGCUGAAGAGUGACCCCCGGCUGACCUACUUUAACCUGUGUGACCGCUACAGCAUCACCAAGAGCACAUUCUACCGCUGGAAGCGCCAGUCCCGGGAGCACAGGCAGAAAGCAGCCACCAGGUUUGCAGCCAAACACUUCCUGCAGUCUUGCUUCCAAGAGGGCAAUGUGAUCCCUCUUCAGCACUUCCGACAAAUGUUCCCAGAAAUCUCCCGCUCCACUUACUAUGCUUGGAAGCACGAGAUGCAGAGCAUGGUCAAUGGCGGCGAUACCUCUGCUCCAGCUGAGGCCAUGGUGUCACGGGAGCCUCAUGAAGACCAUCAAAAAAAGCCCCACCCAGACAGGGAUGAUGCAGCAAAGUCAGAGGGGGGCCUAAGGUCAAAGAUCCCUCCCCUGGAGCCCAACCAAGCAGGAAUCUUCAUGCAAGGAGCCAAGUCAUACCUAGAGAAAUGCAUUGCCAUGAACACUCUGGUGCCCUACAGGUGCUUCAAGCGCAGCUUCCCUGGUAUCUCCAGGUCCACCUACUACAACUGGCGGAGAAAAGCCAUUAAGGGGAACCCCAACUUCAAACCCCCUCAGCCUCCCUCAGUCAGCCAGAAGCCCCUAGUGAAAGGGAAGGCAUACCUGCCAUUCAAGCCUGGAAAUCUGCCUGGCAGGAAAAGGCUGAACGGACACCGGCCAGAGCCCAGAAGUCUCCUCCAGCUCAAACCCUCUCUCCAUAAUUGGAGAAAGCAGCUUAGAGACAUGGCCAAGAGGCAUGUCCAGCAGUGGCGGCUGCCAUUCUGCAAGUUCCGCCUGCGCUAUCCAGGCUUCUCCUCCACAGCCUAUUGGUUCUGGAAGAGAAGCAGCCAGCAGAUGAACAAGCAUCCUCUCUGGACCAGCUCAUCCCAACAGCAGAGUCAGGUCAUCUCUGAGGCUCCUGGAAAACCAGAGCCUGGGAUCAAACCACAGUCACAAAUGGAAGUGGCUCCCAGGCAUCUAGACAAGCAGGCAUCAGUCACCCCCUACAAUGCCACAAUCUCAGGCUAUGCCAUGUCAGAAAGAGCCAACAGCCGGAUGUUCGUGAUGGAUGUGAUUGCCACUGCCCAGUUCAAAGCUCAGGCCAAACUGUUCCUGCAGCAGCGCUUUGAAUCGAAAACCUUCCCGACCUACAAGGAGUUCAGUGCCCACUUUCCCCUCACAGCACGCUCCACCUACUACAUGUGGAAGCGCGCGCUGCACGAUGGACUGACGCUAGUGGAUGCCUGAGGGUGGGCUGCCUGCUGGAACCUGCUCUCUGCUCUCCAGUUGGGAGGGUAGUGUUUGUGAGCUGUGAUUCAGCUCUCUCUCUCGCUCUCUCUCUCUCUUUCUUUCUUUCUUUCUUUC